AUGGUCCACAAAGUCCUCUUCUGGAGCGGCUUCGGCAUUGCCGUUCGCUUCUGGCAACUCGGAAUCGAGAUGCGCCCGCUCCUCGCCAAGGAAUCUCUCUGGGUCUACCCUCUUUUCGCCGGUGUCGGUGGCAGCUUCGGCUACUGGCUCCAGGGUGUUGAGAGCCGACAGCUCAAGAUUCUCGCACAGCGCCGUGAGGCUAUUCUCGAGAAGCGCCGGCGGCGAGAUCAGCGCGAGGGAAGCAUUGAGGCCACAGCAUAA